CCUCAGGGGACCCCUUUCUCCUGAACAUUGGAGCUAUGGCCCUUUGGAAGUGACCCAUGAGAGAAAGGAUGCCGACCUUUGGUCCUCCAGGUGAAGGCCCCCUCCGAGGCCUUGUGGCCUCCCGCAUCGAGACUUAUGGGGGCCGGCAUCAGGCCUCUGCCCAGAGCACUGCUGGCAGUCUCUGUCCCCGAGGAGGUGCCGUGCUGGAUCCCAGUCGCCGCCGCCUCCAGAACUAUGUCCCUUUCACCAAGAGCUCUGGCCAGGCCCGGGGCCUGUCUCCCAUACGGCUGCGAGAACCAGGGCCUAAGAAGCGGCAUGGGGGCCAUUUGGGGGCUGGGCCACCUUACUCGCCCAAACUCAAGGAGGUCACUAAGGCCCACGAGCUGGAGAUGCGGCUGCAGGCGUUCAGCAUGUUUGGGAUGCCUCGCCUGCCCCCUGAGGACCGGCGGCACUGGGAGAUAGGAGAAGGCAGUGACAGCAGUCUGGCCAUCGAGAAGUCCUGGAGGGAGCUGGUGCCUAGGCACAAGGAGAUGAGCCGGGAGCUUUGCCACCAACAGGAAGCACUAUGGGAGCUACUGACCACUGAGGUGAUCUAUGUGACAAAGCUCAAGAUCAUGACUGAUCUCCUAGCUGCCGGAUUGCUGAACUUGCAGCGAGUGGGACUGCUGACAGAAGUGUCUGUUGAGACCCUGUUUGGAAAUGUCCCCAGCCUGAUUCGAGCCCACCGGAGCUUUUGGGAGGAGGUGCUGGGACCCAUCCUGGAGGAGACUCGAGCCUCAGGCCAGCCUCUGAACCCUGUCAGCCUGCAAAACGGCUUCCUGAUGUUUAGCCAGUGGUUCCAGCCCUAUGUCCAGUACUGCCUGCAAGUGAAACAGACCAUGGCUUAUGCCCGGGAACAGCAAGACAACAACCCUUUCUUCCAGGCCUUCAUACAGUGGUGUGAGAAGCACAAGCGCUCGGGGAGGCAGAUGCUGGGUGACUUGCUCAUCAAGCCCCACCAGCGCAUCACCAAGUACCCGCUGCUGCUCCAGGCUGUGCUUAAGAGGAGCCCUGAGGCCCGAGCCCAAGAGGCCCUGAACGCCAUGAUUGCAUCUGUGGAGUCGUUCUUGCAACACAUCAACGGGCAGGUCCGACAGGGUGAGGAGCACGAAAGCUUGGUGGCUUUGGCCCAACGUAUUGGGCCCUACGAGGUGCUGGAGCCGUCCAGUGAGGAGGUAGAGAAGAACCUGCGUCCCUUCUCCACCCUGGACCUGACUUCCCCCAUGUUAGGGGUUGCCCCUAAGCACACUAGGCAGCUGCUGCUGGAGGGACCCGUGAGAGUGAAGGAGGGACGAGAAGCCAAGCUGGACGUGUACCUAUUCCUUUUCUCUGACGUGCUCCUGGUGACCAAGCCCCAACGCAAGGCAGACAAAGCCAAGGUCAUCCGCCCCCCACUCAUGCUGGAGAAUCUUCUGUGCCGGCCACUCCGAGACCCCAGCAGCUUCCUGGUGAUCAACCUCACUGAAUUCCAGUGUGUCUCUAGUGCCCUCGUUGUGCACUGUCCCAGUUCCACAGACCGUGCCCGGUGGCUGGAGAAGACCCAGACGGCCCAGGCCACCCUGCAGAAACUGAAGGCAGAAGAGUAUGUUCAGCAGAAGAGGGACCUCCUGGCCCUCUAUCGGGACCGGGACCAGGAGUCCCUGUGCACCAGACCCUCCACUCCUUCCCUAGAGGGCUCUCAGAGCAGUGCAGAGGGGAGGGUUCCUGAGUUCUCAACCAUCAUCCCCCACCUAGUGGUGACGGAAGACACAGAUGAAGACACUCCCUCUGUGCCAGAUGAUACCUCAGACUCUGGCUAUGGCACUUUGAUCCCAGGCUCCCCAACGGGGCCCCACUCCCCACUGAGCCGUCUACGCCAGCGAGCCUUUCGGCGGGACCCUCGCCUCACCUUCUCUACCCUGGACCUCCGAAAUGUUCCUUUGCGCGCCCAGUCCCCUAACUCCCAAGCGCCCCAGCGCCGAAGUGCCCCUGACCUGCCAGAGGAAGGCAUCCGAAGAGGAAGCAGUCUUCCCGGGGGAGAACCUCCCACCUGGUCUGAGGAAGAAGAUGGGACCUCAGCGGGAGGGAAUGUGGUGGUGGAAACCUUGCACAGGGCCCGACUUCGGGGGCAGGUCUCCCGCUCCCUAACCCAUGCCGACUCUGCUGGGGAAAGCCCCUGGUACUCCUCGGGGGAUGAAGGUGAGGAGUCCGUCUUCCUGGGACCCAGCCACAUCCCCUCCCCACGCCCCCUCCGGGCUGAGGACAUGCUCAGAGAGAUCCAGGAGGAACUGGCCAGCCACAGGAUCGAGGAUGCCCCAGAGCCACGGAGCAACAGACCUCGGAAGCUGACACGGAUGCAACUGCAGAGGAUGCGAGGGCCCCACGUCAUACAGCUGGACACGCCCCUGUCCACAUCAGAGGUGUGAGGGACACCGAGGACCUUUGGCAUUUCUCCCGGAGGAAAUUUCACCCCAAGAGUGCUGGUCACCACCCUGCCCCUGGACUCUACCUCAAGGACCAUACCUCCUGCUAAGAAGCCUGGCCCAGGCACCCUGCCUUCCCUACUCUGUGGGCUUUGGGAUCAAUAACUGUAAAUUUAUGUAUCAUAGACACCUGAUUCCCACAUAAAGUUGUGCAUAAAAACAACUGCCC